AAACUGGUGCAAGUGUGCAUGCCCAGACUGGUACAGGCGACACUGCCUUGACCUUGGCCUGUGAGAAUGGCCAUACUGAUGUCGCUGAUGUACUCUUGGCUGCUGGAGCGGAAUUGGAGCACAAGUCUGAGGGUGGACGUACUCCAUUGAUGAAGGCAGCCAGAGCUGGUCACUUGUGUACAGUCCAGUUUCUGAUUAGUCGUGGUGCCAAUGUGAAACUGACAACAUGUAAUAAUGAUCAGAGUGUGUUGUCGUUAGCAUGUGCAGGGGGACAUCUGUCUGUUGUUGAGCUACUGCUGGCUCAUGGUGCUGAUCCUACCCAUAAAUUAAAGGAUGGGUCUACCUGCUUGAUUGAAGCUUCUAAAGGUGGCCAUACUGCAGUAAUAUCACUGUUAUUAGAGUACCCAUCUAAUAUGUUACCAUCAACAGUCCCCAUGGAUUGCUCUAUGCCAAUCAAUGAACACGGAGAAAUUCCCCGUGUUCCGACUCAAGCUCUACCAACAGUUGUUCCACCUCAGGAACCCGAUAAAGGUCCAUCUGAUAUGGUAGAAAACGAGUCGUCUUUGCUCAACCAGGCUAAUCUAAUGAAUUGCAAAAAUAGUUCUUCUGGGCCAUUGAAUUCUGAGAGGGCAUGUCCAUCUUCAAAUUCUGAUAGGCCAUGUCAACCACUGAAUUCUGAGAGGGCAUGUCCAGCACAAAAUCCAGACAGGGCAGAAAGGGCAUGCCCCGAACCAAAUCCCGACAGGGCAUGCCCGUCAAGUCAGUUUCUUCCUUCCCAUGAAAAUCUACAAAAUUUACUAGCAUUAUCGCAAACUUCCAAUGAAGAGAAUGAUGAUGAUGAUGGAGGCGACAAUGAUCGUGCUGGUGGUAGUGAAGACCAAGAAAAUCCAGAAAACUCCCUCCCUAACCCAGAAGAGGCACAAGCAGAGCUGAAUAAAGAAUUGAAUUAUAAUCGAGAGCUCAAAAAGCAAAUCCAGAAGAAGCAGGAAAUUCUAGAAGAGUUACAGCGAGUAGAAAAACAAUUACAAGAACGAGCGCGUACUCAGAAGAAAACCAAAAAGCGCCUUUAUAAUAUGAAAGCUCAACCCAAAAUUUUAGAGAAAGAUGCAGAAGAUGAAGAGGUCAGCAUGGACCAAUUGAUUGAGCCCGAAACAAUACCCACUCCUGACAGUUCUUCAAGUUUGGAAAAUAAAGGCACAAGCACAAGUGAGGCUUCAACUGAUGAGAAUAUUAUGAUGUUGUCUGGGUCAUUAGUUAUGACAACACCAACUACAACGUUAACCAUGUCUAGUGGCACACAGACUAUGUUUCUUGGUGAUGGUACUGUGGUAGCAAGCUGUGUUCAAACAAGUCAAGAAGCACACCAAGUUACACCACAACCAGUAAUUGAAAACCCAGCAGCAGCAGUAUCACCACCUAUUCCAGUCUGUAUACCACUACCAUUUGACAGGUCAACACCUCCCAAUACACCCAGUGCAAGUGUACUAUCACCAACAGUUCCACUUACUCCAAAUACAUCUCCUGUUUCGUCCAAUGGCUCACCACACAUCUCGCCACAAGUAUCUGGCAAUGUGUCACCUGCUAUGUUUUCGGCCGUGGAAAUAGACGCGCAGACGGAGAGCAACCAUGAUACUGCGUUGACGUUAGCAUGUGCUGGUGGACAUGAAGAGCUGGUGACUUUGUUGCUGAGAAAAGGAGCCUAUAUAGAACACAGAGAUAAAAAAGGUUUUACUCCGUUAAUUCUGGCAGCUACUGCUGGGCAUGUUGGAGUGUGUGAUAUCUUACUCAGGCAUAAUGCUGAUAAAGAAGCUCAAUCUGAAAGAACUAAAGACACACCAUUAUCAUUAGCUUGUUCUGGAGGCCGUUAUGAGGUUGUGGAGUUACUUCUGAGUGUAGGAGCCAAUAAGGAACAUCGUAAUGUGUCUGACUAUACACCACUUAGCUUGGCUGCAUCUGGUGGCUAUGUCAACAUUAUUCAACUACUGCUUAGCUGUGGCGUGGAAAUCAACUCUAGGACUGGUAGCAAACUGGGCAUCUCACCUUUAAUGCUGGCUGCAAUGAAUGGACACACUCAAGCUGUCAAGCUACUACUGGAUAGGGGAAGUGAUAUUAAUGCUCAAAUUGAGACCAAUCGUAACACUGCUCUCACAUUAGCUUGUUUUCAAGGCCGUCAUGAAGUGGUUAGCUUGUUGGUUGACAGAAAAGCAAAUGUUGAACACCGAGCAAAGACUGGCCUUACUCCAUUGAUGGAAGCAGCAUCAGGUGGAUAUGCUGAAGUUGGGCGUGUCUUGUUGGAUAAAGGUGCUGAUGUCAAUGCAGCUCCAGUUCCAUCAUCCAGAGACACUGCUUUGACGAUUGCUGCAGACAAGGGACACUAUCGAUUUGUAGAAUUACUGCUGUCUAGAAGAGCACAAGUGGAUGCCAGGAACAAGAAAGGAAACACUCCACUAUGGUUGGCAUGUAAUGGUGGUCAUUUGGAUGUGGUACAACUGUUAGUGAUUGCUGCUGCUGAUAUAGAUGCACAAGAUAACAGGAAAGUGUCAUGCCUAAUGGCAGCUUUCAGGAAAGGUCAUGUGAAGGUCGUGAGGUGGAUGGUUAAAUAUGUUCACCAAUUUCCAUCCGAUGCAGAAUGUAUGAGAUUUAUUGCAACUUUGUCAGAUAAGGAAUUGAUGAAAAAAUGCGAUCAGUGUAUGGAAAUUAUUGUCUCUGCCAAAGACAGACAAGCAGCAGAAGCUAAUAAGAAUGCAAGUAUACUCUUGAAAGAGUUGGAAUCAGAAAAGACACGAGAAGAAAACAAAAAAGCAGCUGCUGCAAGGAAGAGAGAACGACGAAAGCAAAAGAGAAAAGGCAAACAAACAAAAGAAAAUGCUUCAGAUAUGUUGUUUGAUGAAAAUGAAACUGAGAUGAUUUCUAUGAAAGAAUCAAAAGUUGAGGAUUUGGUACCAAUAGAACCGCCCAGUGCUACUGUUACUACUACAAUAGGUACGACGCUAACAACCUUCACCGAAUCAUCACGUAAUGUUAAAGCGUCAACUAUAACUGUAACUACUGCCAGCAACAAGAAGACAAGAAACAAAAAUACUGAUUCAACCGUGAAAGAAAAAGAGUUGUACAGAGCUGGGGAUCGAAAUAGAAACCUCAACAACAAUAACCGCAAUGUGGCUAACCAGAAAAAAGGAAUUGGGUUUUCACGUUCUACAUCAUCAGUAGCUGAGUUGGAUGAUUUUGGUGAUAUUGGUUCUGUUGGUAAAACAGAUGGAAAACUCCGUAAUGGCAAUGUAUUACCAGCUUCAAUUUUACACCUAAAUUCCGUUAAGUUUGCGGACCGGCUUAUACCUCCCACGGAGCAAAUAGCUGUGCCGUCAGUGAUUGGAAAAACAGGAUCAAGUCCUAAAAAAGGGCCCAAAAGAGAAGAAGGGUGGAAAGAAGUUGUCAGAAGGUCUAAGAAAGUGAAUGUGCCGGCAUCUGCUAUAAGCCGUGUUAUUGGCAGAGGUGGUUGUAAUAUCAAUGCAAUAAGAGAAGUCUCUGGAGCUCAUAUUGAUAUUGAUAAACAAAAAGGAGGAGAUCGGGUCAUAACUAUAAGGGGUUCUGCAGAUGCCACCAGACAGGCCCAUCAACUAAUAACAGCAUUAAUAAAAGACCCUGAUAAAGAACUAAUGGAAAUAAUGCCGAAAAUGAAACGUUCUCGCACUGUUGCACUCGGUAUGUUUACACCUACCACUGUCACUUCAUCAGCUGGCACAUCAACCAGAACACGAAUGGUGAUGUCACGGUCUUCAUCAGCAAAAACAACCACCUCGGCAUCCAAGAUUAGUAAGAAAACCAGUUCUACUGCCAUCAAAACAACCACUGUUACUACAAGUAAUGUUACCAACUCCUUCAGGUUAUCCAUGUCAAUCCCUGCUGCAAAUACUACAAUACUUCAAUCACAAAGUAAUUCAGGGAAUGUGGUUCACCCAACCUUUCAAGCUCCUGUUCUACCCCUCUCAGGCAUACCCGCCAACCCUUAUCAUCCCCACAUUGCCCCAGCAGUGUUUGCUGCCAACCCAAUGCAUCCACAGUUGAGACAUCCAAAUAUUCCUCCAAUUUCACAGUUUCCAGCUCAUUACCAGCCUGUUGCAGCUGCCCCUGGAUGGGGCACUUACCCGGUUGUACCUCCACAGCCCAGAAUUAAAGCUUCUGUCUCGCCCAAACAAAGCAGCGGUAAUCCAACAGUAAGACCAGCCUCCCUUCAACCAGAUAAAAAGGCAUCCCGCCAGCUUUUUCCAGAGUCGAGUUCUGCACCAACAAGGCCAACCAAUUUACCUACGAAAGAAACUUUUGCAUCAAAGAUACAAGGAAAAAAUGUUUACUCUCUUGGAAGCAGCAGUGCUGAUGGCAGUUCUGGGGAAUACAACCUGUUCUCUCAAGUGGCUCAAACCAGAAGCUUAACUGUGUGGGAGCGAAAUACCAAUCCAUCCCAGUCUGCCAACUCAGAUAUUGAUAAAAUGAAAGCUCCUGGAUAUCGUGGCAGUAUGAGCGGUACCACCUCACCAGCAUUAAGCAGUCAAGGCUCUCUUACAGCUCCGUCACCUUCGCCUGAUUUGCUACAAACGUCCACAACUGCCACAGCUAAUCCCCACCAGUUCUCUCCCCUCCCCGAGCAUAAUUCUGUGCAUUCUCCCACUCCCUCACAGACCACUUCAUCAGCAGGGUCUCCUUCAACCUCUCCUGUUUCCAGUACUUCUCCAUCACCUGUUGGCAUUGUCAACGAGUCUCCAGUCCCAGGUAGUCAUGACCGUAAACUGCCAAGACCAAUUGGUACGGAGAGAGCUCACAAGAAGACCAACUGCGUGGUAAACAGUGGCUAUGCUGAUAUUGGAGGCGAUAUGAAUCCACAGAGUGGUGGAAUCUGGUCUUUCUCCACAAAUCCUGACAAUACAACUGAUUGGCUUGCUGGAGGACAUGCUACAAUGCUGCUUGCGACAUCACAGUCUGAUGUCAUGUUACCAAUGCCAGCUGAAGUAUCUACAAAUGCGGCUCUACCUACCUUCGUUAGUGCUAAGGGCUCUGUACUGGGUAACACUCCUAUUGAAGCUGGUGCAAUAUUUAGUAACAGUAUGACUGCUGAGCCAUCAAUGUUUGGUGAUGGUGAUGCUGGAAGUAUGGGUCAUAUGGGUGUCUGGGAAAAUGUCUCGCUGAAAAUGCAUUCAGUUGAACAGAUUGAUCCUAGGCUGCAUCAUCAUCACCAUCAUCCUCUUCACAACCACCAUCAGCAUCAGCAGCAACACCCCCAACAGCAGCAGCAGCAGCAACAACUUCAGCAGCAGCAACAACAACAACAGGUGUGGGGUGGUGUGUGGAACCAGCACACAUUAUAACAGACUGGUUAACGACAAGAGUGUGAUAUGUGCUUGGCCUGUCAGGGGUUUUCAUUUAAAAGUGGUUGGGUUGUUUUGGGUUUUACCAAAUUAGGUUUAUAUGGUGAUGCAACUCGUAGAUGUUAGACUAUGGAUAAAAUGAUGAUGCUACAAAGUUUGUUUGAAAGAAAUCAAAUCUAUUGUGAUUUUCAGAUGUUUGUUGCUGGCUUGUAUUUUGUGACACAAAAAAGGAUUGUGUCAAUAAAGAUGUUAGUUAUAAU